AUGGAGCAGAGUGUUGGGCGCGAAAGCAGAGGACCUGAAGAGAUUGGCGUCGGCGGAAAGGAGAAUGCUAGGAUGAUAGCACAACUUGGAAGGGUUAUUGGAACAUCAUCUGGAUAUAUUGAAAGUUUGCCAAAAGUGGUUCAGGAUAGAAUAAAGGCACUAAAAAUAUUCAGGUGUCAUGUCAAAGCUCGAGCAGAGUUCUACCGAGAUGUCCAUGCUUUGGAAUGUAAAUAUUCAGACAAAUUUAAGACGUUUUUUGAUAAGCGAGAAUCGAUCAUUAAUGGUAAAUAUGAACCCGAAGAUGAAUGUGAAUGGCAUAGUGAAAAUGAAGACAAAAGAGGAUGGGAAAACGAAGAAAAAUUAUCACAGAAUGAGCUGAAAGAUAAAGCAACGCUGGAAGAAAAUAAAACUGAAUCGGAAAGUCUUUCAGAAAAUGUCUCUGGUAUUCCUGAAUUUUGGCUGACAGCGAUGAAAAACAUUGAACAUAUUGCCGACAUGAUUCAGGAACACGAUGAACCAAUUUUAAAGAGUUUGACAAAUAUUGUUUUGAAAUUCAUUGAUGAAGAGAAAUCGUCUGAACAAAGCGAAGAGUGCGAUGAAAAGAAAAGAUAUGGGUUUGUCUUGGAAUUUCACUUUGCUCCCAACGCAUAUUUCAACAAUUCUGUUUUGACGAAAACGUAUAAGCUAUCCUGUGAAAUCGAUAAAGAUUUGCCGUUUGCUUUUGAAGGACCAGAAAUCUCUAGCACAUUUGGGUGUGCGAUCGACUGGAAGAAAGGCAAAAAUGUCACCGUUAAAGUUAUCAAAAAGAAACAAAAACACAAAGGAAAAGGACAACCAAAAUUCGUCAAUAAAACCGUCAAGAACGAUUCGUUCUUUAAUUUUUUUGCACCACCCGAAGUUCCUGAAGAUGGAGAAAUGGAUGAAGACAUGGAGCAAUUGUUGGAAUCUGAUUUUGAGAUAGGCCAUUACUUUCGUGAGAGGCUUAUUCCAAAGGCUGUUUUGUUUUUUACUGGGGAAGCGUUGGACGAGUUUGACGACUUGACGAAGAGCUUUCGAGAUGAUGAUGACGAUGACGACGACGACGAUGAUAUGCAACGAGAUGAAGAUGAUGAAGAAGAUCCAGAUUAUAAACCUUCGGAGGAAAAUCCACCCGAGUGCAAGCAACAGUAAAUGUGAAAGUUUCUUUUGAAGAUGCCUGGUAGAUAGGUAGACUCAAUGACGCCAGAUAAGAUUCUAUUCUUUUUGUUUCAUAUGGAUUAUCACAGAUACAUUGUGUAUAUUUCUGUUACACACUAUUUAUGAAUUUAUAUCUAGUAUAGUUUAAUUAUAUCCGGUCUAUAUCAUCGAA